UGAAACAGCCGGACGGGCACGGGGGAACCCACAGCCACAACAUGGGCUCAGCCACUUUGCUCUUUGCGUUAUUCCUCUUCUGCCCUGGGGGGGUUAUCUGCGAGAUACUCCAGAACUUCAGUGAUGUUCCACCCUGCCAGGCCUUCUUCUACCAGGGCCAGGAGCCCACCGGACUGGCCUCCCCCAGCACUGCCCGGAUAUGCCAGCGGCUACAGGGGCAAUAUUAUUAUGCCACCUUGUAUCACCGGGACGCCCGCGUACCCAUCUACUCUGCUUAUAUCCUGGAAAAGUCCACCACCUCCCGUCCCGACCUGUCCUCCACCAACUGGUACCUGGAACCCAUGCUGGCGGAUUUGCCCCAGGGGGACAUGCUCCAGCCUUCCCAGAGUGCAAUGCAGAAUGAAUCGGAGAAGGUGACUGACAGUCAGGCUGUGAAUGAUGAUUAUAGGAACUCGGGGUUCUCCCGCGGGCACCUCAAUCCCAGCGGGCACCACAGCGCUGAGUCCCAGAUCUCUACCUUCACCUACACCAACAUGGCGCCCCAGCAGGGCAACUUCAACAGCGGAACGUGGAACAACUACGAGACCUUCCUGAAGGACAGUAUCCUGCCGGGCUGCUCCCAGACCCACGUGGUUACGGGCAUCAUACUGUCGGGGUCCCACCCCGGGGAGGGCGUCUGGCUCCGGGGGCGCGUCAACGUGCCCACAUUUUACUGGAGCGCCUUUUGCUGUGUGCGGGGGGACGGCUCCCGGCGGGCAGAGGGGCGCUUGGGCAGUAACACUGCUCCAUACGAGGUGCUGGCCAAAUCCAUCCCCGAGCUGGAAGCCAUCCUUGGCCGGGAGUAUGGGGGGGCCGUGUCGCUGUUCAGCGGUGGGUGUCAGUAAUAGUGAAUGAGCCCCCAUAUUGCAUUUGUCUCUCUAUAUCACAAAUAGCUUGGUGAGUCCCAUAGGGCUGCACUUCCCUGUAGCUCCAAUAGAAACAAUGGUGAGUCCUUGGUAUUUACUAAUUGUCCCAGUGCAGGAAGUAAUCCCCCAAAUCAAUUGUCCCCACAUCGGGUGCAAGAGUUCCAAUAGCCACGCCCCCCCCCCCCCUUGGAUCAGAACUGAUAAACAUGCCAAUAAAUUGCCAAAUUAAAGGGGAGGUUCACCUUCAAAUUAACUGUUAGUAUGUUACAGAAAGGCCAAUUCUAAGCAACUUUU